AGAGAAAGGGAGAGAGAGAGAGAGCACACGAGACUCAGUGAACGAAGAGCUGCUUCGCCUGCUGCGUUGAGAGCCUGCACCCCUCCAGCAUCGCGCCUCCGGGAUCCUCCAUCCAUCGGGGAAUUCGACCGUAGUCAUGGACUUUCGAAAAUUACUGCGCCUGGCGUCCAAAUUUCCAGUUUAAAAUCUGCGAUUAAACGAGCGAACUCGACUGUGGUGAGGAUACGAAUUCUUCAAUCAGUAGAGAGUUGAGUUGGCGUUUCUGCAUCGUGUCUCUUCGUCGACGGGGAGAUUUGGCGAGAUUUUUCGACUAUAGACGUCGAGAUUUCGAGGGAUUAGCUUCUUGGAAGCGGUGUGGACCGGACUUGGAUUUGUGCGAGGAGUGGCGAUGAGGGGGAGCUUGUGGUGCUGUGGAGGACGAGAGUUGCAGUAGCGAGAAACGAAGGGAAGAACCAAAGCGGUAGAGGGAUAAUGAUAGUUGCGUGAGCAAGAUUUGUCUUUCUGUCUUUCUUUCUUUUUUUUCCUUUCUUUUUCGUUUCUGUUGUGAUUGCGGUGUGGACCUGAACGAAAUUGGGCGGAAAAACAGUUUUGAGAUGAUGGUGGGAGAGAGAAGGGGCAAGCGAGGAGGUGGAGGCAGUUUCAAGGUGGAGUGAUUGUUGUGAAUAAUGUGCGCGCGGAAGUGGAAAUAGGUUGUUGCAGAAGGGCCGGGCGCCAUGGAAGGUCAUCUUACAGGAGGCAGUGCGUCUGCUGGGACCAGUACUGGAAACACCUCCACCAUCGGCAGCACCGUGAUCUCGGCCAACUCUUCGAGCUCCAUGGAAGCUAUCAUCCGAGUUGCAGUCGUGUCUUAGGAUUGAAACACCUGACUGACAACUUAAGUGAGUGAAGUGCAGGAUAUGAGGAGGUUGCCGUCUUUAGACUCCUCAUCUACUCUUGCACUGACUGGAAGCACUAUCUUGACAGCUUAGCCAGUCGCAAGAAAUCUGGUUUUAAAUAUUGCCAAAGAUUGAUCAAGUGCGGAGUGCCGGCAGAAUAUGUAGAAAGGGGUCAAGCAGGGGUCGCAGACUACCUGAAAAACCACAGCCUUCAGCUGCCAGUAGUGAUGAGUAGCCUGUUUCCUGGCCCAGAAGAACUGCAAACUGCCUCUGCACUAAACGCUGAUGAGACUCAAGGACCCGGCACGAGGAAGGAGUUUUUGAAUCAGUGCAGGGAUGCAGUUAAAUGGGUGAGGUGGGCUAUGUUUCAGGGUGAACCACAGGUUGUUUUGGGAGGUAGUGGAGGUGCAAGAGGCGUCUGUGGAGCUGUCUGGGGUGUUAACGACAUUGCAUACAGAUGUCGUACUUGUGAGCAUGAUCCUACUUGUGCCAUAUGUGUGCCUUGCUUUCAACUUGGCAAUCACUCGACACACGACUACUGUAUGAUUCGCACUGGAGGAGGGUGCUGUGAUUGUGGGGACAUGACAGCCUGGAAACAGUCUGGGUUUUGCUCGAGGCAUUGCGGUUUUGGUCAGGCGGUUCCCUUGCCAUCCUCCAUCAUAGAGGUCGCUGCUCCAAUACUUGAAGCACUCUUGGUUCAUUGGGUUCAAAGGUUGAAGGCAGCCGAUGCUGUGAUGGAAGGGAAGUCUAAGAAAUGGAGCGAUCUAACAGAAGAGGAGAAAGUGGCAUCGCAACUUUCGGUGGUGUUUAUUGAGUUGUUACUAGAGUUUUGUAGUUAUGGAGAACCUAUGCUGGCAUUCACGGCAGAGCUCAUGGGCAAAAAUGAAUCAGGGAUACUGGAUUCAUUGAUGAACACAGAGUAUUUCUUACCAAAGUCUGUCAGAACAUCUUUGCACGAGUUGUUAUAUAAGCUUCUAGGGGACAGCAAUUUCAAACUUUCAUUCGCGCAAGUUUUCAUUUCGCACUAUCCCAAAUUCUUCCAAGACUCUGUUGCAGAAGAAAAUGCAUCAACUGGAAGCCCCGCCAUAAGCAAAUAUCGUGAGCAGACUAUUCUCAACAGCUUUUCUGUACAGAUUUUUACAGUUCCUACUCUCACACCGAAAUUGGUUAUGGAGUCGAGACUUUUAGAUAUGCUGCUUGACACUCUCAAAGAAUUCUUCCGUGCCUGUUCUGGAGAGGAUGGUCGACUUUUGGUAAGCAAGGGUCCAGUUGCUAAACGUCUGUAUUUCAGAAUGCUUGAGGACAUAAGAUAUGUGAUGAGUCAUUUGGAGGUGUCAAAGUAUGUAGCAGAAAGAAGACCUGAACUCACGAGAGCGUGGCUACACAUGCUUGCCUUGGUUCAAGGCAUGUAUCCGCAGCGGCGGAUUACGAGUAAUCAGGUGGAAGAAGAAAAUGACGAUUGGGGCUCAGCCUAUUUUUUGGAGAAUCAAAUGGCUACCAUCCAUCCUUUCUUUGUUGCAGGGGCAGCUGAAGCUUCUAAUGCAUCCUUGGGCUUGGAGCAGAUGCCUCUAUCCAAAUCGAGUGCUUGCUCUGGAUUCGGGAGUGAGGCGUCGAGUAGUAGAGACUCUGUCAGCCGACUUGACAAAGUUGGAUGCACUAUGAGUGAACCUAACAUGACAGUAUUGACGAGCAGUGGUGGUCCUUCUGGACCAGAUGUGGAAAUGCGUGAUGUCACUGUUACAGUUAAUGCUGUGGAAAAUGCUUAUAGUGGGAGAGCACCAUAUUCAACUGAGAAAGUGGAUGUUGGGGAUGUCUCGCAUUCAAGUAUGACGAUACCAGCUUCUUUGGCGUGGCUCAUCUCUGAAUGCAUUCAAGUUCUUGACACCUGGCUUGCUUUAGAUGUUGCUAGAGAAGGCUCAAGGCCAGGGCAUUGUGAAGAGGAAGGUUCUCCAUCGCGAGUGAGUAAAUUUCGUGACUGGUUACGACGUACCAGGCGCUUUCAAGUGCUUGAGCCACGGGUGUGGUCCGAUGCUGUUCGAGAAGAUGCUUUUGAUACCACUGCUGCUUCGAGGAAUUCGACCGCGGAUAUGGAUGUUGAUGUUUUAGGGGCAACGGUUUUUGAAUCGGAAGAAAAUGUAGAUAUUGGUGGAGCAGGCCUAGAGACAGACGCUGGUGGUACAGAAUGGUGGAUGGGCUCAGAAGCAGUGCAACCAGCACCUAUAGCAGUAUACAAAGAUGAAGAGUGGGUAUUUAUAGAUUUUGAUGUUAGUCGUCAGGAGGUAUCCUUUCAUAUUCCACUGCAUCGUAUGCUUGGACUGCUACUCCACAAGGCUCUGGAUCUUCAUGCUGUGAAUACUGAAGCAUCCGAUGGUACGGCUUUCACGUCUGCAAGUAUCCAUACUCCUGGCAGGAACUCUUUGGGACACAUGUUCCCACCAGGUUUGCAGAUGGCAGGGUUUAUAUCUGUACUCAUGGAGCAUCCUCUUCGUCUGCAAGUUUUAUGUGCUCAAGUUCAAGCUGGUAUGUGGCGUCGCAAUGGACACUCAACCAGUGGUCUGUUUGACCUCUACCAUUCGGUACAUUGGUGUGAGGAUGGUCUCGAGCUCGAUUUGUUCUUGCUGCAGUGUUGCGCAGUAAUGGCACCAUCUGAAGAGUUUGUUGAACGUCUUCAAGCUCGGUUCGCAUUGUCUGAUUUCUUCACACUUGUACUCUGGCGCCCAAAUGAGUAUGAAGUGACUCUGGCACAGGAGCUAUUAGUUAUGAUGAUCAGGUUAGUCUCGGAGCGUGGUUAUUGUGGACUGACUGAAGUUGAGGCAUUACGACGGGAACUUGUCCUGAGGCUAGCCGUUGGAGAUGCUACUCACAGUGCUUUAUUAAAGGCUUUACCGCCACGUUUACAAGAGAGCAAACGUGUUCAAGAAUGCCUUAAUGCGGUGGCUACGUAUCGUAAUCCAUCUGGGAUGCAGCAGGGGAAGUAUGUUUUGAGAGAAAGUUGUUGGUGUGAAUUAGACCUUUAUCACCCACGCUGGAUUCCCCGGGAGCUCCAAUUAGCCGAAGAUCGUUACUUGCGAGCAUGUAAAACUCCUGCAGUGAUUGCUCAAUUACCUCGGUGGAAGCAGCCAUUUAAGCAGAUGCAAAAUUUGGGCCGAAUCAUCAUCUCUCGACGAGUUCAUGAUAUGCUUCGUUCCAUAUUCUUCCAUGCCGCCUUUGCUGAGAAUUUAUCUAAAUCACGAGCACCAGAGGGGCUGCUCCUUAGUGCACUGCAUCUGUUAGCUUUAGCACUCGACGUUUGUGUUGCAUACAAGUUGGCAGUUGGAGACACCGUGUGUGGAGCUAAAUCGACAAUUUGUCCAUCUCUUGAUCUCAAUGUGUAUUCAGAUGGUGCGAGUACUUCCACUGGCGAUUACGCCGAGGAUGUCCCACCACUGCUUCUGGGUUCUGUGGAAAAAGUUGAAGUAGCACUAGAAGAUGGAAGUACGAUGGAGGAGGAUCAGAGCAUGCUCUCCUUACUAGUACUGCUUUUGCGUAAGAACAAUACUGGAGACACUAUGACAACCUCCGCUAUUGGCAAUUACAAUAUUGGAGGCUUGAUUAAGAGUCUUCUAAGGCGAUUUGGCGAAUUAAAUCAGAAUUGCAUGAGUGAGAUUGAAUUGCUAGCUCCUGAAAUAUUGGAGCGUACAUCAACUACUGGAGCCACACAGCAGGUAGACGGUUCGGGGGGCAACAGUUGUGAGGAUGAUUCCUCAGUUUCUGAAUUGACCAGAACAAGAGCUUUGGCUCGAGAACGUCAGGCAGCUGCGAUGGCAAAAAUGAAAGCUGCACAAGAGCGGUUUUUCGUGAAUUACCGUUCUGAAGAAGAAGCAGAUGCAAAACGAACAAGAGAGUCGGAAGAGGGGAAUGAUGAUACGCUCAAAGAAACUCAAGUACACUGCGCACUUUGUCGAGAUUCGGCAAGUGCUAGUCCAUUGUGUUUCUUGGUAUUUACUCAGAAAUCUAAGCUCCUUUCAAUUGCGGAGAGGACUACACCAUCAUGGGAGUGUCUUGCAGUUACGCCUCCACCUCAGGCGGAAAGAGAGGGUGAGGUUCCUGGUGGACCAGGCACCUUGAGCACUUCUGUUGGUGAUGGCACAUCUAGAGAUUUGCAGAGCCCAGCAGAGCUAUGGCAUUGGAUACAGGAAGCUUUGGGAGAUGCUCAAACGCGGUCACGUUUUCUUGAAGGAGAGGAUUUUUUGGAGCUUCUUCGUAAUGGAUUACCCCCACGUAUGCGGAAUGCAGUUCGUGCGACCCCAGCAAUAACUUUAGAGGCAACUGUACCACUUGCUGGUACAGAUUCCGAGGAAGUAGAAUUUAGCAGUGAGAUCACUGAUGCAGAAAUCAGCAUUGAAGCUGGGACUAGUGAUUCUCCAGGUACCUCACCUUUGAACUGGUGGGACGUCAGUCAUGGAGGGGCUGAGCUAGAUGAGAGCAGUAUUAACAGAGACAUUGCUGCGGCAACUGUCUUAGCAGAGUAUGUCACAGCUGUCUCUCGACCUCAAGAAUGGGUCCGUCGAGGAACAGACUCACCUCGAGAGGUAGAUGCAGAUCAAGGGAGAGAAGGUGCUCUGACACUUGCGAGGAGGGUUGGCUCACGUAACGCUCCACCAAUUAUCGAAGCGGCAUUAUACAACAGCACAGGCGUGAAUGAUACAGUGGGCGUCUAUCUUUCUGCAUGUGGACAUGCCGUUCAUCAAGACUGUCGAGACCGUUACUUUUCUUCGCUGUUGCAAAGAUAUCAUAGCAGAGCUCUAUUUGAAGGAGUACAGAUUGUGGAUCCUGAUCUGGGAGAGUUCCUUUGCCCUGUUUGUAGGCGGCUUGCAAAUGCAGUUCUCCCAGUUCUACCGGGGCAUACGGGAUUGAAUAAUCCAUUCAAAUCCUCAAGCAUACCACAAAUUUCAGUGAGUAGCACCUCUGAUGGCCCGCCUAUGCUGCAGUUGGAGCAUGCAUUGCGUAUGCUCAUCAAAGCGGAAGAAUUAGUUUCCAAGUCUGGUUUUCGGAAAGUGGUUGAUCCACAACUCCCUGAUACAGUGAAGGGAGUUUUAGAGGAUCUUGCAAAGCGACUUUGGGGAUUGUUUUAUCCUGGAAAGGACCAGUUCAAUACUGUUACGCAUGGUCGAGUACAUCAAAGCCUACUACUUUGGGACGUCUUGAGAUACUCGCUCAUGUCUGCAGAGUUGGCUGCCAGGAGUAACAAAAUCUCUGAGAAUUCUGCCAGUGGCUUGGUCGCCUUAGUCGAUGCGGGUGAUGCAACACAUGGUUCCAUUUUACCCCUUCUGCUUCAUGCUGCCAAAGCCACACAAAGCCAGAGUCAUCAGGCUGUUCUACUAAGAGCAAGAGGCAUGCAGUUGUUGCGGGACUCUAUCGCCAACGGCAUCUCCAGGGACUUGUUUGCGGAAAAAGCAUUACAUGGCAAUUUUUCUUCGCUUUUGCAGUAUCUUGAUAAGGGACACGAUGCAGCAGAUGUACAAUUUUGGAAAAGGCUGGCGGAUCCAGUGCUAGUUCACGAUCCCUUUUCAUCGUUCCUGUGGCUGCUCUUUUGCCUACCAUUACCAUUCCCUGCGAAUGGAGCCCCAUUUACUGCACUUGUGCAUCUUUUUUAUUUGGUGUCCGUCACCCAGGUUAUUGCGCAAGCCGGUGCAUUCUUAACUUUAGACACAGUGUUGGGGCCAACAACCAUGUCGUUCGUGGCAUCUAUCCAUGCUAGCUUGGUUGGAACAUGUCUUCAACCUUCAUCGUAUCACGAGAAUGUAUUUAAUCCUGCAAGUCUACCGUUGGUUGCAAUCAGGCGCUUGACGCUGCCUUUUCUUCGCAGCUGUUACUUGCUGCAGAAUUUGAUGGCCGGCUCAUCACAAGUACUUCCUGUUGGUAGAGCUCACCAGUGGGAGCUACCUCAGGAACAUAGUAUUCCAGAAGGUUCUUCGUCAUCUUUCACUGAUUCAGGAGAUUCACAGAGUCAAGUCCUGCAGGAUAUGGAAGAGUUGGACCAGCUGGAAAGUACCUUCUGUAUUCCAUAUUUAACUAAAAUCCUCGAAGAAGAUUUAGUUCAGAACAUUGUGUUAAGGUGGUGCAGUCAUGUGAAGAUUGAUACAGGUAUGAGAUACUUGCGUAGUGGUCCCCGUUUGAGGACAGCUGCCCCGUUCAGAUUGAUGCACCUGCCACGUCUGUUUCAGGAACUUCUGCAAAGAUAUGUUAAAGAACGGUGUCCUCGGUGCAAGACAGUCCCUGAUAGGCCUGCUUUAUGCCUUUUGUGUGGAGACCUCUGUUGUGCAGUCGGUCCACGGCCUUGUUGCAGCGUGAAUCGGCAAGGAGAGUGCUACAGGCACGCCAUGGUUUGUGGAGCAGGCAUAGGCGUAUUUUUGAUGUUGCGGAGGACUAAUAUUCUUUUGCAACGGUGCGAGCGGCAAGCUAUGUGGCCAUCACCAUAUCUUGAUGCUUUCGGAGAAGAGGACAUUGAGUUGCGGAGAGGGAGACCUUUAUAUUUGAGUGAAGAAAGAUAUUCUGCUCUUACUGCUAUGGUGGCAGCUCAUGGACUUGAUUACAGCUCUCCAGUGUUAUCACACACCACACGCGAUACUGUAUUUUGAUUUCUACUUGAGGUCCUUUAAUACUGUAUAUGCUUCACUUUGCUGACCAUUUAGGAAAGCUCUCUAUUUGUUCAACCAGAAUGGAGGUAAUCAGUGACAUAGAGCUAUUGCUGGGUGUGCUUGAAUAGAAUCUCUAGUCUACAUGAGCUUUAUGAGCUUUAUGGACAAGAUUAAAGACAUGGAAGUUGCAUUGCCGUUGUUUUACAAAUGCAACAGAGAAUCUGCGUUUAAGCAACACGGAACAAAGAUUCGAACAUGUAUUGAUCAAACAGUCUAUGAAUUCUACAACGUACUAGCAAUUUACGUCUUGUGAAAAUCCCAACUCAUAACUGACGAAAUCCAAAAUUCAUGCAAUUUUAAGUUC